GUCCCGUCGGCAGGCCCCACAGAGUCAGACAGCAGGCAGCAGCUGCAGCGAGAGGAGACCACCGCAUUACGCUCUCCAUUUAAAAAAAGAAGACACGCACACACCCUCAUACUCACAGCGACACAUUUCUUAGCUUUAGACGUACUGUGCACAAAACGACAGCACGCUCAACAUCCGACAUGGUGGACCGCGAGCAACUGGUGCAGAAGGCCAGGCUGGCCGAGCAAGCUGAGAGAUAUGACGAUAUGGCAGCUGCCAUGAAGUCGGUCACAGAGCUGAACGAAGCACUUUCCAAUGAAGAGAGGAACCUGCUCUCCGUAGCCUACAAGAACGUAGUCGGCGCGCGGCGUUCAUCCUGGCGCGUCAUCUCCAGCAUUGAGCAGAAGACGUCCGCCGACGGUAACGAAAAGAAGAUCGAGAUGGUGCGGGCCUACCGGGAAAAAAUCGAGAAGGAGCUGGAGACCGUUUGCCAGGAUGUGCUCAACCUCCUCGACAACUUCCUGAUCAAGAACUGCAACGAGACGCAGCACGAGAGCAAGGUCUUCUACCUGAAGAUGAAGGGCGACUACUACCGCUACCUGGCUGAGGUGGCCACCGGCGAGAAGCGAGCCGCCGUCGUCGAAUCCUCCGAGAAGUCGUACAGCGAGGCCCACGAGAUCAGCAAAGAGCACAUGCAGCCCACUCACCCCAUCCGCCUGGGCUUGGCUCUCAACUACUCCGUCUUCUACUACGAGAUCCAAAACGCCCCCGAGCAGGCGUGCCACCUGGCCAAGACCGCCUUCGACGACGCCAUCGCUGAGCUGGACACCCUCAACGAGGACUCCUACAAAGACUCCACUCUCAUCAUGCAGCUGCUACGAGACAACUUGACGCUGUGGACAAGCGACCAGCAGGACGACGAGGGCGGCGAGGGCAACAACUAAGGAGAGUCUGCAACCUCACUUCUGCCGAAAAAACACCACAACAGUCGCGCUCACAAAUGACAAAAUAAAAUAAUCCUGAAAAAGUUAGCAAUUAAGAUAAACAGCGGGUGGGGGGUAAGUGGUGGAACAUCGGCAGCCAACGGUAUUAACACGGCUGCUGUUCUUUAUUUUUCCACAAAAGUUAAAGUAGGAGAAAAGAAGACCUUAGCUUGAGGUAUAAACUACAGUUAUUCGAAAAAAAAAUACAUAAAAGAAGAACAAAUCCCCCUUCUUGGUAGCCUCUGCAGCAUUUGCUAGAAUACCGCCGAGAAGCAAGAGGUGUGUCUUUGGCGCCGGCGUGAAGAUGGCUGGUUAGAGGCUGGCGUCAUUGCGCAAAUGAAGCGGAGGUUGUCUUAUUGCAUUGAAUGAGGGGGAGAAGUACCCAGAAAUUGAGUUUUGAUGUUCUGAGCAACAGGGAAAAAAAAUUUCAGUAACCUUGAAUGUCAUGAACCUUGCUUUUCCCGAGAGGGCAAAGCACACGGAUGACAAAACGCGGCUUAUAGGGGUGUCUACAUACAUGCAUAAUGACGUGACAUCUUUAGUUUGCAGCACACUAUGGUCGUUGAGUGAAAAGCAGGAUGUCUCCGUUAUUGAAGAUAACAUGGAGAAGGGAAAAAAAAGUGUUCUUUUUGUUUUGCUUUGUGUCAGGUGUGUGUCCGGCUAAGUCACACAGUCAUACUGUAACUAAAUAGAACUUCAUAAAGUAAACUUAGUGCAGCUUGUCCCUAUCAUGUGCUGAUGUGCUUUAUUGAAUAAAUUAACUGUUUUUGGACACCUAAUCCUUAGUGUCAGUAUUGUCGUCACUUAUAAUAGCCUCAACUGGCUCCUGUUUGGAGAAAAACGAUUCUAAUCACAGAAGUCACAUAGCAAAAAAAAAAAA